UACACAGGAAAGCACUCGCAUAUCAGUUCGCAAUAUAUAUUUACAUGUAAGUUUUAGUUUCCUGUCUCGCUCUCUCUCUCUUUCUCUCACCCUCUCUGUGACAUGGCCAGAGCCUCAACCACUUAAGAUGACACAUUUCGAAAUAGACGGAGGUAAAAAAAAUUAGGGCUAGAAAACAAACCAUGAAAUAAAAUACUAUAAAAACUGAUAAAAUACUUAUGCUAUCUCUCACAACUCUCCUUUUUCACUUUUGUCCAACACAGACCCACACAUAUAUAAAAAUAUAUUGACAGAGAACGUUACAUACAUUCACUUCUGGAUAUAUAAAACUUGGGUUACCCCCAGUAUACGUAUAUAUAAGAGCACAGCAUUUUUGUGACUAGCUUGGAAGACAAAAUUGUCAAUAUGUCUUAUAAUCAAAGCAUAUAUCAAGACAUGUCUUUAGAAAAUGGACCGGAUGGAUCUAGUGACGAUGGCUGGUCUGAUGACCAUUUUUCUGAGGUUGAUUCUUCAGGCAAUGAACUGGACUAUGAUUAUCCCACACAAAGAUACCUUGAGUUAAAUGAACUCAAAUAUCCAGAGAAACUGUCCACAUCUCCAGCCUUGUCCCCACAGAAACUGUCCACAUCUCCAGCCCUGCCCCCACGUAACAACAUAAUACCACCUCCAAUUCCUCCAAUACGUAAAAAAGAUAGCCAGCACAUAACGAGGGAACAGAAUAAAUUUAGUUCAGAGGCAAAUAGCAGACAAUUUUCCAAAGAUCCUAAUAAAGCCCCUGAAAGUUUAUCACAAGCAUUCUCAAAACUGAGACCAGUUGCAACUAGUUGUAAGGAAGAUGAUGAAGGUAACAACAUAAUACCACCUCCAAUUCCUCCAAUACGUAAAAAAGAUAGCCAGCACAUAACGAGGGAACAGAAUAAAUUUAGUUCAGAGGCAAAUAGCAGACAAUUUUCCAAAGAUCCUAAUAAAGCCCCUGAAAGUUUAUCACAAGCAUUCUCAAAACUGAGACCAGUUGCAACUAGUUGUAAGGAAGAUGAUGAAGGUAACUACAUAGUGCCACCUCCAAUUCCUCCAUCACGUAGCAAAAAGAGUGCGCACAAACCAAGGGAGCAGAAAAAAUUCACUUCAGAAGCAAAUAGCAGAAAAUUUUCCAAAGAUCCUAAUAAAGGCCCUGAAAAUUUAUCACAAGCAAUGUCUAAACUGAGACCAGUUACACCUGGUAAGAAAGAUGAAGUAGACUAUGUGCUUCCAGUAAAUAGUAGUAGAAAACCCAACAAAGAAAAUACAAAAAUCGUAGAAGGUUUAGCCCUGGCACUGUCCAAACUGAAACCAGUUGCACAUGGUUCCGAUGAAGAGGAUGGAGACUAUGUGGUUCCUGUAAAUAAAUCUACCUGGCAACAGUCAAAAAAUUCAUUAAUUUCACCUAUGACACAAAAAGAAAUGUCUAAAAGAAAGAAGUUACCAAUUCCACCAUUGUUCAAUACUCCAAAUGAUGCUGAAAGUUUACAUCAACAAGAUCCCCUGGCCUUUGAAUGGUUCCAUAGCAGAAGCAAUCGUGAAGUCAUCAAAGAACAGUUACUUCAACAUGAAAUGGAUGGAAUGUUUGCCGUUCGAAAAAGUAACCAAAAAAGCAGUUUCCAUAGUUAUUCCCUGACAUUUUACCAUAGGGGCCAAAUAUAUAACUUCCCAAUACGUACUCGAGUAUCAGAUAAAAAAUUUGCCCUGGGCUACGAGAAACCAAAUGAACCUGCUUUUUCCAGUUUAGAGAAACUUGUGGCUUAUUUCAAUGAAAACAAGAUCAAACUUGCAAAUAAUGAUUUGGCUAUCUUAACAAAACCCCUACCGAAAUUCAGCUGAAUUUCAUCAAUUUCAUCAACAAGCAUAUUCUCUGUAAAUACUAAUUUCACAUAGGAAUGUUUAAUGACUAAUAUAAACAGAUGGUAAACAAUGAUGAUGAUGAUGAUGAUGAUGAUGAUGAUGAUGACAAUGAUGAUGAUAAUGGCGCCAAUGAUAAUGAUGAUGAUCAUGAUGAGAUUCAAACUUGCUGUGUCGGUGGAUCCAGUGUUUGGAUGAAGGGACCUUCCAUGCAAGAGAGUAUUAAGGGCAGGUCAAUUAGUAAUUUCCAUUUUGUCAUGGCUUCCUACUCACAUUCCUCCUAAAGAGGCAACGACAGCUUGGAGCUUCUUGCAGUAGAACAAGACAAUUUGACACAGCUAAGUGGACAUUCGAUGUGUCUUGGUAAUUGUAGUUUUUGGAACUAGAGGCAAACACACACACACACACACACACACUCUUAUAGAUAAGGCAAUGAGCUGGCAGAAUAGUUAGCAUGCUAGACGAAAUGCUUCGCAGCAUUUUGUCCAUCUUUACAUUCUGAGUUCAACUUCCAC